AUGAUCGGGUCUGAUCUCUCCGCACCACCUUCACCAGCCGCCUCUCCACCGCCAAGCAAGAGAAAAUCAGCACUGUCCGAUGUAGACGAGACGCCAAAGAAAGAGGCUCGACCUCCGAAGCCGAAGAAAAGCCCCAAGAAGAAGAUCAAGAUUGAGGCUGACAGACAUGGCGAGCGUCAGAAACAUGCUCAGGAUCGGCCUGAAGAGGACCAAAAGCUCAAAGAAGGCAAGUGUGUUGGGAGAGGCACGGCCUGGACGCCCGAAGAACGAAAAGCUGUUAUCACUGCCCUCUGCGCCAAAGGGGCGGCCACUCUAGACUGGAGCGAGCUCAGCGAUCAGUGCGGCAGUCGCACCCCUCAACAAAUCAGGAACUACUACAACAUGGUGUUGAAGGGUCACAUCGAAAAGGUGCGCUCGUGGCUCAUUGCAAGGGCUCUUGGCAACAUGCUCCCAUUACCUAGGCCAAUCUCAAUGUUCUCUCGAGCGAAGGGCAAAGAGCUCGCGAGCUUUGAAGAAGAUCCUGGGAUGACCUUCACACUUCUACCAGUCAACACGUCAACAAGCAGUCAAGCGCAUUCUCGACACUUCUCGAAGAAGAGGAUGAAGAGCGGACCGACCGAUGAUGUGCAGCAAGAAGAGGAAGACGCCAUGGACAGCAGCGCGCCAGAAGACAACUGCUUUGAAAAAUUGAUCAACCAGAGUACGAAGCUCAAAUCGAAGAAACAGGCUAGAGCGUUGGCGAGCCCCAAGAAGAGGGCUGUGUCAAGCUUAGAAGACGAGGAAAUGGACGAGGCACAAUCGCUUCUCCCGCCCACGCCGUUCUCUUCGCAGGGCACUCCUAACAAAACUACUUCUGCACGACUCUCAACAGGUCAGACCAGUCCAAAGAAGAGGCCUGCACCAAAGAAAGAGAUCGAUGAAGAGAUGAAUGAAGCGAGCUCUCCUAACAAAAAGCGUCCGCAGACGGGCCAAGCAGCAAGUGCAUGGACCUCCACGUAUGCGCUCAUGCAGGCGGAGCAACGCAAAGACAUGGUCAUGAGCAUGUGCGACCUGGGUUAUCCUGCCAUGGACUGGGCUGCUCUCGGCCAGAGGUGCGGCGGACGCACAGGGGUGCAAGCUAGAGACUACUGGCGAAAGGUCAUGAAGCCAAAGCUUGCUAAUGUGAGCUGA